GGUCCUCCCCGCGAGUUCCGCGCGGACUGCGAGCUCUGGCCGCAAUGGAGCCGCAGCGGCUUUCGCUCCUGGUGGCAGCGUUGGCCGGCUGCCUGCUUCCUGCCCGGGGCUGUGUCAUAUGUGACCCAAAAGUCGUGGAGGAGCUGAGCUCCUUGGAAACAAAUUACCUGCCUGGCCACCUGGAGGCCAAACAUCACAAAGACGUGAUGAAAAGGGUAAAGCAGGCGGUGAAGGAUUUCCAGGAUUUGCCGAUUGAUGAGGAUUCCUACAUGGGGGUCGUUGAUGAGGCCACUCUGGAAAAGGCAUCCUGGAGCUUGCUGAAGGAUCUGAAACGCAUCACGGACAGUGACGUAAAAGGUGAGCUCUUCGUGGAUGAGCUGUUCUGGACGUUGCGCCUGGCAAAGGAUACCUUCGCCAGCUAUGCUGCUCAGUUUCAAAAAGAGGUUUUUUGUCCCAACAAAUGUGGUUUGAUGUUGCAGCCUCUGAUCUGGUGCAGUACCUGCCAGAAGCAGGUUCACUCUUGUCGAAAGUCCCGGAGUUGUGGAGAGCGCAAAGUCAAGGUCCAUCAAAUGGAAGAUAUGAUCCUGGAUUGUGAGCUCAACUGGCAUAAAGUCUCUCAAGGCCUGACGGAUUACAGCUUUUACAGGGUUUGGAAGAACAACUCUGAGACCUUGAUGGCCAAGGGGCAAGAGCCCACCCUGACCAAGACCAUGGUGAGUCCGAAGGAUGCAGGCACAUAUCGCUGCGAGCUGGGUACUGUACAAUCCACUCCAGCCACCAUCAUCCAUUUUCAUGUCACAGUAUUGCCCAAAAGAAUCGUGGAGGAGACACCGUCACCAAACACCGAAACCCAGGAUGAGACGGCUCCGGGUGAGGUGACUUUGGAUCGUCCCCAGACGUCCGCAACCCUCCAAUCACAGUCUCCAGGGCCCGAGAAAGUGCUGAGACACCGCCUGGUAGGGCUGCUCAUCGGGGCCAUCGUGGUGCUGAUAGCCGGCGUCGUGACCGCGAUACUUUUCUCUCAGUCUGGGAAAGUGAUGAAUUUCCUAAAGGCCUCCCCGCUCAGCCCUGGCAAAGGCACUGCUUAGGACUCCGGGUUUCGAAGGAAAAGAGGAAAACAUUAGGGAGAAAAUAAAGAUUAAUGUAGCUGUCUAAGUAUCUGACGCACUCCUCCGGACGGAUUCUAAC